GGGAGGAGGGAGGGUUAAACCCCUCCUCGAAGCGGAACAAGGGGGGUUGGAAGAGGAACAUUCUGAACCAUUCACGUCCUGAAGGGCUGGUCGGAUUCGGAGCACCGCGCCUCUGUGUCCCUCCCCGUCCCGUCCGAUUCUUACUCCUUCCCCUUCCUCUUACCCUUCCACUCCGCCUCGUCCUCAUCCUCGUGGUGUUCUUUGUUGGUUAUUGCCUAAUACAGUGAGGUGAGGCCCGUUGGUUCUCUUGUCGUCGUCGUCGGCGUCGUUGUCGCUUGUCCCCGAUCGGCCAGCUCCUGCGCCAGGGUGGUUCCGUUUGGGACGAUAGCGUCGAGGGCGGCGGAAUUGACGCCAUGGACAGCAUCUACCCCUCGGUGCGGCUGUCGGAGGUUCCCGUGGAGUACACCGAGGAGGUCAUCGUGGAACUGCACGAAGCCAGCGGCCUGACCGCUGACAUCCUGACGGAGAUCGUUCUGCUGGAGCCCGCGGACGCCUCUUCCGCGACGCGCUGCGUCGUCUUGAAAUAUGCCGACCAGGCCUCCGCGGAGACGGCCGUGCAAGUUCUGCAAGGCCGCGCGGUUCGCCCCAGAUCUGGGCGGCCAAAGGUGCUGCAGGCGGAGCUGGUGCACGCAGGCGGCGACGCCUCUGGCGAGUUCGAGGUGCCCGCCGAGGGCGAGCCCGAGGCGCAGG